CCGAAAAGGCAAACGUUAUAUAAGCGACGGGGCGGGGAGGACUAAUAGAAAGUCGGGAUGUUCCGAGGAGGAGGCCCAUCAGGGCGUGUCAGACGUCUGCCACUGCGAGUACGCGCAUCGUCUCCCAACGCGAGCAGGCCCACUUCCCUGCGUGCGCAGGAUGGCUGGCAGCGACGCGGGAUCCGCAGAAGGGCGUCGCCAGGCGUCGCCGCUGCCGGUGAUAGCAAUCAGGCCUGAUAUGGACCCACAACGCGAUCCAGCGGCGCAGAAGGGCGGUCGCGGAGUUGGGUGGAAUAGGCAGGAGGAGGCCGGAGCUUGGACGGAGCGACGGAGGAGAGCGGGAGUGGAAACGAAUAUGUGAUUAUCGGAUUCGCCAGCAGAAGAGUGGCAUGGGACGGCUGGGAUAGGAUGAUGCUGAUGGAACGGAACCUGUUUUCUGUAUCUCGCGCGCGAUGCGGCACACGCCAGUCCGCCUGCUGGAGACACCGCCUUGCGAAGCGAAGACCACUCCCGCGCGCAGGGGCUGCCCUUGCUGCAUUCGGGCUCCCACCUUCCUCCCUGCGAGAUUCUUCCCAAUCAGCCCGCGCACUGGCAGCGGACCCGCCAAUAUCUCGGUGACGGGCGGCUCCUUGCCCUGCGGUUCGUCCUAUAAUAACUGUACCUGCUCUGAUCCUGCCUCCCAUUCCAUCCCCGAUCACCUUCGCAUCCCCUCCCAGUUACGUUACAUGACGCCCAUGCCUGUCUCCCGCACCAGUACUGAAUCCGUUGCCGACCCGACUGACCGUCCAGAGCGUUCCAGGAAUGCCAAAGCCCAGGCACGGCAUCGCGCCAAGCGCAAGGCGUACAUAGAGCAGCUCGAGACCACUGUGACGAAAUUGCAAGUCGCGCUCGCGCUUUCUCCCGAGCAGGUCGCGGCCCUUCCUGCACCUGUCAUCCGCAUCCGUGAGCUUGAAGAAGAGAACGAACUUCUCCAUCGCGAACUCGGCGAACUUCGCCGGCAGCUCGAGGAUCGCAAUGCUCGCCUCCGUCCUGACCUCGGGCGGCGACAUGGGACUAUCUCUACGAGCCCGUAUGAUCGCAGUGACUAUGAGUCAAGGCGGAGGAGGCUUACUGAGUCUCAGGUCUAUCUGCAAGCGCAGAACGGGCAUACUCACAGCCCUCCCCCGCCUCUACUCAUUCCUUCGUCAACCUCGCCCCAAACACAACCGUCCUCCCAAGUAGGAAUCUACCCGAGAAUGACGUCGUCAUCGACGCUCACGUCGUACGGGAUGUAUCAAAUGCCCGGCACUCCGUCGAGCUCGAGCACUAGCACCGCGUCAAAUUCACCGUUCUCGCCCUGCGACUAUACCCCUCCCUCAACCUUGCAUUCACACCACCGCCCUACGUCAUCCACCAACUCGUCCUCGCUGCUUGCGGCUUAUGGACAGGCGCCAGGUCAGUACGAGUACGUCAAGGUAGAAGAAGAUUCUUAUCAUGGUCAUACUCUUUCUCAUACAAACGGGUACUCGGCCUCAUUGCCGUCGUUCGCAGGCAGCCAAUCGUCGUUGAACCAUUGGCAAACCUACUCGACACAACGGCCAUGACCGCGGUAUCGAGUGAACGGUACCUGAUUCUCCCCGCCGUGGGCAUUUUACUCUGGCUCUGGUAUCCUCUGUGUCAUCCUAUUGCUGUGUUUUUGGUCUUGCUCUGUUGCACGCUCCGAACUCUGAUUCUUGCGUACUGUUGUCUCACUACUGUAACAAUCAAAAUUCUUCCCGUCCUGCAAGCUCACGGACGGCGGUCUCUAUGUUGUGGCGUCCUGUCAGCAUAGAGUAAUUGGUGGUCCUCGAAUCGGAUUGCGUCGGGAACUUGCCCAUGUGGUCCUCGUGUUAUCUAAUGCGAUGUUUUCUCAUCCA